UGCGGCGCCUGCGCAGAGCACGGAGCUGCAGUCGAGGCGCGGGCGCGGAGCCGGUGGCGGAGCCGCGGGACGGUGCGGGGGCCCCGCCGCCCUCGGGGCGAACCGGGCAUGAAGCGACGGCUGCCGGCUGCGGACGCCGGGCUGGGCACUGAGCUGCGCCGCCUGCCGCACUAAGGCGGCGACGAGCCCCGAGGCGGCGCGGCGGGCCGAGUCCGAGGCGAGCCCCGCGGCUGUUGGCGGGCGCGGCUGAGGCGGCAGCGGCGGCUCCUGCCAGCAGCCUCCCCUGGGCUGGCGAGGGGCUGCGCGGGGAGGGGGCCGCGGCACCGCCCCCGCCUCCUCCCCUCCCCUCGCCGGGCCGGCGCUCCCCCGCAGCGGCGGGCGGGCGGUAUGAGCGCGGCGCUCUGAGGGACCGGCGGAGCUCGGCUUCCCCCGAGCAGCCUCCCCUGGGAGCCGCGGCGGCGGAUCGGACUCGGCUGGGACCUGCCAUGACUCCCCUGGCUCCUCCCAUGGCAUGAGCACGAGCUCUCCUCCCCGCUCCGCCUGCUUUUGGUCUCUCUCCGCUCCCGGGCUGUCAGAUGGGAUAGGACACACCCGGGCGUGCGGGGCUCGACGCUGCCGGGGAGAAGCGGCGGAGGCAACCGGUGACGGCCGUCGGCUCGCCUGGAGUCGAAGAUGAGCUGGCGGUGGGCUCGCCAGCACUGGAACGGCGGCUCCUCCGUGCUGCUGCUGCUGCCGCUGCUGCUGUGGCACGGCCGGGUCCGGCCGGCCGGCGCCGACAACGCCAGCCAGGCGUACUACACCGCGCUCAUCAACGUGACGGUGCUGAGCCCCGAGCGCGGCGGCCCCACGCUGCUGCGGAUCGACCGCGGCCGCUACGGGCAGGACUCUCCGAAGGUGGAGGUCAAGGGGCUGCUGGUGGCUCCCGUCCCUAUCAACGGAGUUGCAGAUCGUCUGGGCUGUGACCCUCGAACACGUUUCCAGGUCCCACCAAACACCAAGCAGUGGAUUGCUUUACUACAGAGAGGAAAUUGUACAUUUAAAGAGAAAAUCCUGCGAGCAGCUUCACAUAAUGCCACAGCUGUGGUCAUUUACAACAAUGUAUCCAGUGAAGAACCCGUCACAAUGACUCAUCAAGGAACUGGAGACAUUGUUGCUGUCAUGAUUACAGAAUCGAAGGUUAAGGAGAUCCUGAAUUACUUGGAGAAGAAUAUCUCUGUCCUGAUGGCCAUAGCAGUGGGGUCCCGUGUUCCUCCAAAGAACUUCAGUCGGGGCUCUCUAGUCUUUGUGUCAAUAUCAUUCAUUGUUUUGAUGAUCAUUUCUUCAGCAUGGUUAAUAUUUUACUUCAUCCAGAAGAUCAGGUACACGAGUGCACGUGACAGGAAUCAGCGUCGUCUUGGAGAUGCUGCCAAGAAAGCCAUUGGUAAAUUGACAACCAGGACAGUAAAGAAGGGUGAUAAGGAAACAGACCCAGACUUUGAUCAUUGUGCUGUCUGCAUUGAGAGUUACAAGCAGAAUGAUGUUGUUCGCAUUUUGCCAUGCAAGCACGUGUUCCACAAAGUCUGUGUGGAUCCAUGGCUCAGUGAGCACUGUACAUGUCCAAUGUGUAAACUGAACAUUCUGAAGGCACUGGGAAUUGUGCCCAACGUGCCGUGCACGGAUAACGUCGCCUUUGACAUGGAGAGGCUGACGCGGGGGCAGCCGGCGAGCAGGCGCUCGGCGCUCGGCGACUUCGGCACCGACAGCUCCCUCAGCCUGGAGCCCCUGCGCACCUCGGGCAUGUCACAGCUACCACAGGACGGGGAGCUGACACCAAGGUCAGGAGAGAUCAACAUCGCAGUGACAAGCAGUCACUUCUUCCAUCGUAACUCUCUGUCCCCUCGAAGCCUGGUCUACGAGAGCGAGUUCUCAACCAUCGAGCCUGCCUUGGACAUGUACGACGAGAACAAAACCUGAAAGGAAUCCAUGCUCCUUCCUGGCCCUUUUUCCGUUUUUUUCAUUUCUCAUUCCUAUUGUUGUGUACUCUUUCCAUGGAUCUCCUUUGUCUGAAGAAGAGCUGCUUUUUCCAGAACACGAACCCGCCUUCUCGUUUGCACAGACGAAGACCAGCUGUGGUGGAUUCUGAGGGUGGCAUCUUUGAGGUGACAAAGAGCUGUGACAAGCAAGGUUGUCUGAUGGAAAUUGCUGAGUAACAGCAUGGGGAGCUGUGUCGGCCCAGCCGCGGCGAUGCAGGAGAGGUUUUACGGUGGCCCUAAGAGUUUGUGCUGAACUGCAAAUGUGUCCCUUACACAGGCAUCUGCUGUUUCCAAUUUUUUAGUUGUCCAGAUGGUUGGGCAAUGUCAGAAAGGGAACUGGUUGUAGAGGAGAUGGCCAGUGACUGGUAAAAGCACUCGUAUAUCUUGGUCAAUCCAUAACCUUACUGUGAAAUAGCCCCUUCUGAGAGGGACCUUUAUAAGUGCAUUGAGUUUCCUACAACCCACUUAACCCCGGACAGUGGCAAGCCAGUCUGAUGUUCAAGCUGCAGAGAGGACCUGCAUUUGCAGAAAGAUUUCAAGGAACUUGAUGCUUGGAUUUUUUUUUCUCCAAUUUGAUUGAAGCAGGAGAAAAAUGGUAUACACAGAAUAUACUUUUGGUCCUUCUGUGUGCUGAAGUCAAGUGAGUCUCUUUGUGUAGAGAGGACAUUCACAGAACCAGCACUUGAUCUACCUAAAAACCAUUAGACUUUUUGAAAUAUGCAGGAAUCAAAUAAGCUUUCUUUCUCACGUAACUUUUUUUUUGGGGGGUGGGGGGUAAAAAAUCCACCAAAUUUUUCACUGAGGUUUUUUAAAAGCCAGCAUGUUGGCAUUACACAGAGAAGAAAAGAGGUAAGCUUCUUAUCCCACUCUCCUGUUGAGAUCUGCAACAGUUAUUUAACAAAUACGUUCUCUGAGCUGUGCCCUUUCCCACUGACAUCAAUAACGGGAAUGCAGAAAGCAGGAGAAGAAAGGAAAGCACCUACUGCUUUGACACGCUGCAGGAAAAAUCAAUUUUUACCAGCAUGUGACAAAAGCGGUGGGGAAAUGGAUAUUGUUUGCAAGCUUCUGAGAGAACAAUGCAGAAAUGGAGAGCGAGAGAGGAACCUCUGGAGCUAAGUCAUGCACAGCGUUCCUCAGAUGAGCCGACAUGGAGGAGUGAGCGCUUCUGCUCCACCGUUUCCUACCGGACAAUGCAUAGCUGUUAAUGAAUGUUUGGAUUUUUCUCCAUUGCAGUCUGAGUUACUGUAGGUGUAGAAACUCAUUUGUGUCCUUGUAAUGUGAAACACAGUUUCACCCUCUGUAUAGGAAUCUUGAGAAAUCAGUUAAGCCAAAAAGAAAGGUAAGACUUAUCCUGCCAUGCUUUAAUUUCACCUGCUUUUGCAAGCAGGGGAAUUUCCCCUCCUUUAUAAUGUUUUUAAUUGUAUAGCAGUCUGCUUAACAUAUAUCCUUUUCUGAAGUGUGGUUCAGCUGUGUAUUUAACAUGGACGUUCAAGAGAAAAAGAAAAACCCAGCUCUGUAAAAUGAGGAAAUGAGCCUCUUUGCCGAGCAUGCUUUGACUUUUGUUGCUGUGCGUCAGCUUUAUUUAAUCUGAUAAUUCAAGAGUGGGUGGCAUGAAGUGUAGGGAGGUUUUUCUCAUAAUACCCACACUGAUAUUUACCAAAUGCACUUUUAUUGCCAUUCAGCUCACUCUGGAAAUGCGCUGAAGCCCCGGACUUUUUUAAGAGCACAAUUUUGACACCCACUUUCUCCUACAAAGCAGAAGUGAAGGUCACAGGAAGUGCCACAGGGGCUGGGGCAGCAGCAGGUCGUGGUCAGCAUCCCUCCUCUGGUGCAGGGCAGGCAGCGACGGCUCUGCCGGCGAGCCCAGGCACAGCUCCCCAUCCCAGCCUAGCUGAGCUGCACCCAGGCCCAGGCACAGCUCCCCAUCCAAGCCUAGCUGAGCUGCACCCAGGCCCAGGCACAGCUCCCCAUCCCAGCCUGGCUGAGCUGAACCCGUUCGGGGCUCAGGGGCAGCAGAAGGGCUGGUUGAGCAGCCCCUGUUUUUGUAAUUACAUCUGUGAGAUCAGCAGGGACACGUGGGAGCGGCGCCUUGGGAACGCAAACGCCCGAGAGGAAAAUCGCCGUCUCUCAAGGAUGUUAUGGGGUUUGUUUUAUCCAUGAGGGCAGUCAGGUUAUGAUAAACCCAGAUACCUGGGUUACCUGGCUCAAUGCCAACAUGUCUUGUUGUCUUCCAGCCAGCACAGAGCUGCUCCGGUGGGGUUUUGGGUAGGACAGGCUCUUGUAGCACUGCAUGAGGUGCUGACACCCCAAGCAAAUCCUUCUCACAGGGGCUGCCCCAUCCCAACAGAGGGAUUUCCCCUAAGGCCACCGGGAAUGUCACUGGGACACAGUUUCAGCACAAAACCAAAGCUGAUGAUUUCUCAGCUCCAACUGAGACCAUUUGCACGAGCUGUGUGCCAGAAUAUACAGAAAAGCUAGAAGAGGCAUGAAAAUUAAAAAUUAGAAAGCACAAAUCCCCCCCCAAAGACAAAAUAAUAACACUGUUGUUUGUAUUCUGUUAAAUCUUAUUUCUAACUGAAUAUCUUGGCUUUAAGCAACAGGAGGGCAGGUUUGUGUCAGUGGAGAUCAGGAUCUGGCACAGCAAUGUAAAAAUGGAUUUGUGCUGAAGGAUCUUGGAUAGGGGAGCAGGUAUUUGUAAUAGACAUCCUGGAUUUGGGAUAUCUUGCAACACUGGAAAAAUUAAAAGCUUGUUCAAGCAAUCAGUCCCUACGUGAGUGCCAGGACGUGCUGGAGCAGGCCUUCCCCAGUUAGUCAUAUUUAGUAUGGGGAAGAGGCACCACAGCAACAUGGGUGAUUUUUUCUGGGCUGUGCUGGUAAGUUUGAGGUUUUCCUUUUAAUAUUAAUCAGUAUAUAAAAAAAGCUUGAUGAGCA